AUGGAGGCCGGUAAAGAUGCUUGUAUGCUACAAUUUAACAGCGACACGAAACUAACUUCAGAAGAGUUCGUGAAAGUCUUCAAGGAAUUUGACAAAGACGGGAAUGGUUACAUAGAGGCAGACGAGCUGAAUAUGUUUUUGGUAACUCUCCUGCAGGAGACAGGCAACGAGGCUAAUUACAGAACGAUUCAUUGGGGAUUCGAAAACGGCUAUCUUUUAACACAAAUGCCGCAUUUACAAAAGUACUCGACACCAUCACCAGAGGAACUUGAGAAAUUCAAGGAGUAUGUGCUAGAAAAGUAUGACGAGAAUUGUGACGGCAAAAUAAGUAUGGAUGAGCUCGAGAACAUUCUUCCUACAGAGGAAAACUACUUGAAGCAAUUUCGAGCAGAGUUCUCAUCUUAG